GGAUUUGCAAGGCUAUUUAUAUAUAUUUAUGAACAGGUAUGCCCGAACGGUUGUAGGACGUGAUAUCUCUAAACUUGUCAAUCUUUUAAACGUCUUGCUGUCUCGUCUCUCAGGACGUGGCUCUUCAGUGGUUCCCAAUGGGUGCCAAAGAUGGCCCAGGACCUCAGCCUACAGCGGCAGACAAUUUGACACUGACCACGUCACCCAAGUUGUCGACGGUUCAAAGACAGCACACAGAUGAUGGAAAAAUCGUCGUUGUCGUGGAUGGCACAACUCUGGGAAUCAUAAUAGGAUGUACCACUGCCACGUUACUGCUCAUCAUUCUGGCCGUCGUAUUCUUCAGACUUCGACAAAAACGACGAAAGUAUAAUGCAACAUUUGAUGAAAUCACUGAUGAAAGCUUCUCAAGAUCUGCUCCAAACUCUCGGAGCUGCUCGCCCCACAACGUCAAGCGACGAUCGUGUCCCGAAGCGUUUGCGUUUGGAGCCUACAGAAACAGCGGCUCAAUGGAGCGCUCGAUGACGCUGGAGGGAAUUCCGACCUUCACACUCCCCCCAGAACGGAUCCAGCCAACCGAGAGACAGCGCGGCGUCAGCCUGAUGCCGAUGCAAUACCAACAAAGCCUUCUCGGGUCUGUCCAGCCAGAUCUGUAUAGGCACCAGAGCUGCUCGGAAGACGAGGAAUCAUCUCUGCCCCCGACAACCCACGGACGUUUGUGGUAUUCUCUGGUGUAUGACGCGGCCGUCGAACAGCUCAGCGUCACACUGGUCAAGGUGAAGGACUUACCAGGCCGAGGGAAGACGAGAUUGGCACGUGAUCCAUUCGUCAAAGUAAUUCUACUUCCUGAUGAAAAAACCUGUCGGAUUUCCAAAGUACGCAAGAAGACGUUAUCUCCAACAUUCAACGAAACAUUUCUUUUCCAGGUUCCUGCUGAAGACGUGACGAGACGGAUCUUACGAUUCUCGGUGUACGAUGUGGACAAGAGGCGGGUUCGACAUUCUUUAGGUCACGUGAUGAUUCCACUGAGAGAUUUCGACUUGACGAAAGGAGAGACGAUGUGGAGCGACUUGGAACCCAUGGCCCAUACUGCCGUCUCACUAGGCGAGAUCUUCUUUAGCCUGGCCUACUUGCCCAACUCGGACAAGAUCAAAGUCACCAUUAUGAAAGCCAGAAAUCUUCGACAGUUCGACUUUGACGAGGACACAGGUAUGUAUGUUAAAGUACAACAUUUCUACGGACGCAAGACUCACAAAACGAAGAAGACUGCGGUACAGUUCGGAUCGCCCGAGCCGAAUUUUAACGAAUCAUUUUCGUUCCACAUCGGCGGCCGGCAGUUGGAGCAGAGCAGUGUCGUCAUAUCCGUUAUGAAGACGCGCGCUAGUGGCCGCUUCAGUGACGACGAGGAGUAUGGCAAGGUGGUGGUCGGCUCCUUCAUGGUGGCACGCGGGGAGGAGUUGAUGCACUGGCAAGAGAUGCUGUCACAACCCCGGACAUCUGUCAGUCGAUGGCACACACUGACCAACACGACACCGGUGAACAGCUCAGACUGAGCUACGCAUACUUAAAUAGUUCUGGAUGGAAAUUCAUACCGGUAACUGAAUUGAACUUUUAAAAACUUUCUGGCCGUAUUCCACGGUUUAUGAGGUACACUGUAUAUAAGUAAAGAAAUAAAUGACAGUUGGGUCACAGUAACAUAAAUACAUUUACGAAUAAGUAAAACUAAACGUUUUAAAACUCUCUGGCCGUAUGUCAACGGCAUAUAUGAGAUACAUUGUAUAUAAAUAAGUAAAUAAAUGACCGUUGGGUCACUGGAACAUAAAUAUAUUUACGAAUAAGAAUGAAGGAAAUGUUUAUUUAACGACGCACUCAACACAUUUUAUAUAUGGUUAUAUGGCGUCGGACAUAUGGUUAAGGACCACACAAAUAUUGAGAGAGGAAACCUAUAUUUACGAAUAAGUCAAACUAAACUUUUUAAAACUGGCUGUAUGUCAACGGAAUAUAUGACAUACAUUGUAUAUAAGUAAGUAAAUAAAUGACAGUUGGGUCACAGUAACAUACAUAUAUUUACGAAUAAGUAAAACUAAACUUUUUAAAACUCCCUGUCCGUAGAUCAACGGAAUAUAUGACCUACAUUGUAUAUAAGUAAGUAAAUAAAUGACAGUUGGGUCACAGUAACAUACAUAUAUUUACGAAUAAGUAAAACUAAACUUUUUAAAACUCUCUGGCCGUAGGUCAACGGCAUUUAUGAGAUACAUUGUAUAUAAGUAAGUGAAUAAAUUACCGUUUGAGUCGAUGGAACAUAAAUAUAUUAACGAAUAAUACAAAUGACUCAGUGAAUUGACAUGAACUGAUGAAUGUUCUAUUACAGCAUGUGCUCGCUGAGCAUAUUAUUAGGAUAUUUAUGCUUGGCCAACUACAACAACCAAAUCCAUUAUUGCAAUUUUCACUUAAAUAUGUGUUUAUAUUUCUUCAUUAACGCAGCCCAAGUUGUCAAAACCUAGGUCAUACAUAAAUAAACAGUCCAUAUUAAGAGAGGUUUUGUUUUUAAAAUAACCAUGUCUACAUUAUACUACUAUUUCCAACUGUGCAUGGAAACACUUCGUUACUUUUCAAAUUUUGAUGGUUUUAUUUUUGUAUGUAAAUAUAAAUGUAUUAUUUGCAGAUCAUUUCGCAUUGCCAAGGGUUGGGUGCCUUGGUUUAAUGUCUUUACAAAGUAAUGUUUAUAUUGUGACUCGGUUUUUAGCAGAUAUUUAAGGGAUUGCGUCCACGUUUUCCAUAAGGAAAGGAUAUUUUGCUCAGAAAGGAUUCUAACUGUGCACGGUAAAUAAAAUCUGAACGGGCUCUCGAAUUCGAAAUACCCCGUGUUCGAGAUAACGACGUUUGACUCUUAAUUUUUUUUAUUUGAAGGGGAGAAGUGGGUUUUUUUCUCAUUUAUAUUAGUUGUAUAAUCGUGUUAGGUUUGAUUGUGUGUUUUAUAGCAUCAUAUCCUGAAAUAGUGGAUCGUACUUUAUAUUUUUGUUGUAAAAAAUUGUAUAGAUUAAAAUCGGUCGACAGCUAUAAAAAUAAAUACACCACA